CAAGCCUGUGUCAUAUAAAAGGAGAUACAACCAAGGGUUGUGAGGGUUAGAGAAAUCAGCUUCUCAAACAUAAAGUUAUACGAAUACAAGAAUGAUGCGACUAACUUUCACAGUAUACGUUACAUUUGUGACAAUUUGCAUCGUGAGGUCAUCGAGAAUUCACGAGACAACCGAUAAUGAACUUAAUGAAAAAGUGAGGAAUAUAAUUGAAAAUAUUCUUCAAGAAAAGCAAAUAACAAAUGGAGGAGAAAAAAGUGGCAGAAAUGUGGACAUGAAAGUUGAAUAUCUUGAAAAUAAAUUCAAAGAAAUGGAAUCUAAGCUCGCGGAGCAAGAAAAAACUAUCGCCAGUCUGAAGAAUGUGAUAAAAAAGAUGGAGCAAGAAAAGGACAAAGAUAUCAUAAUAAAAGACUCAAAUGGAAGCAAACGUAAUAGCAGUAACAUUGUUGUCGAAGAAGAAGACACACGAGACGUAGACGUUAGUCAACUUAUUGCACCGGAAAGAAGAGCGAAGAGGGCAACAACAAAUAUUGCUUUUUCAGCUUACUUGACCCAUACGAAUUCUCAUACAGUUAUUGGACAACCAAUAAAAUUUGACCACGUGCUUAUCAAUGAUGGACAAGGCUAUAACAAUUAUACGGGCUCGUUCACCGCGCCUGUUGCCGGUGUUUAUUUAUUCACGUUCUCAAUCGACUCCGGAAAGACGACAUUUGUUAAACUUGUUGUUAAUGGCGUGAACCAAGUCGAUGUUAUUGCAAACCCUCACACAAACGUUGCUGACAAACGUCUCUCGCAUUCGAUGGGCGGAAAUACCGCCAUCGUGCGUGUGGCCCAAGGUGAUGCGGUAUUGGUGGAAACAUAUGAAACUGCAGACGGUCAGGUCUCAUCUAGUGAUACGUUCAGGCUCUGUACGUUUUCUGGCGUACUCCUCUACUAACUUUGACUUCUUGGGGGUAGAAAAGUUUAUCAUGUUCAUUUUGAGGCGGAGAUAAAACAAUAGAAAAUACUAUUUUGAAAGUUAGCCUUUUUACAAUCGAUUGACAGAUCAAAUAGUAUGAAUAUCAUUUGUAUUUUAAUGGAUUCCUUACAUUAAAGAUGA